UUCUACCGCAAUCGGCGCUUACGUACCAUAGCCGCUCUAGCUGUUCUGUUGGUCUUAAGUUUCUUCCAGAAAGUUGGAAGACUUGGAUGAGUAAUCUUCUUGUUUUUCGAGUGCCCUGUUUGCGUAUGGUGAAUGAGUGAAAAUGACGAACACCUUACUUACGCUUUUAAUUUUUUGUCUUGUUCCUGUCUGGUGUCAGUUUGGUUUUCUACCUCCCAAGUCACCAGCUUCACCUGCUAUUGCUGAUAGGUGUUUUUGUGAGCUAAAAGGCAAUGUGGAUGAAUGUGAAUGUAGUGUUGAUCUUGUUGACAAGUUCAAUAACUACAGAGUAUAUCCAAGGCUGAAAAGUUUAUUGUCCAAAAAUUACUUUCGGUUCUUCAAGGUAAACUUGAGAAAACCAUGCCCAUUCUGGCCGGAUGAUGGGGGUUGCGCAUCAUCAGCUUGCGCAGUUGAAUCCUGCACAGAGGCAAAUGUUCCUCGAGAACUUUUUCAAAGUAUAAAAAAUAAGAGCAACUUAUUUGGACCUGUAAACAAUCCAAAAUUAUCAAGUGAAUCACAAGAUGCUGGUAAAUGUAGUGAAGGUAGUGAUGAAGAGUUAGGGUACCUAAACACCACACUUACUAAACAAAUGUCGGCGGAUCUUGCACUCUGGAAGCUGCACGACGAUUCCCAGCAUUCAUUUUGCGACGUAGACGAUGACAACAGUCAAGACAGCGUCUUUGUCGACUUGCUUUUGAAUCCAGAGAGAUAUACUGGUUACAAGGGGCCAUCUGCUCAACGAAUUUGGAAGACGAUUUACGAAGAAAAUUGCUUCAAGCCUAAACGAGGGUACGGGCCUUACAUAGAUUCAACGAAUGUUGGAGAUUUGUGUUUGGAAAAACGAGCAUUUUAUCGUGCUAUUUCUGGAUUGCACGCCAGUAUCAAUAUUCACUUAUGUGCUCAAUAUCUUCAUAACCAUGGUGUACCCGGCUUACAGCGUUGGGGAUUAAACCUCGAAGAAUUUCAAACUCGGUUUGAUCCUGAAAGAACUCACGGUGAAGGUCCGAAGUGGUUGCGCAAUCUCUAUUUCCUCUACCUCCUCGAGUUAAGGGCGAUUGCAAAAGCUGCUCCAUAUUUGGAGCAACUACCUUUUUAUACCGGAAACGAAACAGAAGAUGCAGAGGUCAACAUCGCUGUUCACGAUCUUCUAAAUCAAAUAAAGUCAUUUCAGCCCCAUUUCAAUGAGUCGUCCAUGUUUACGGGGGGAAGUAAACAGGCCCGCAAACUGAAAGAGGAGUUCCGUCAUCAUUUCCGUAAUAUCACGCGCAUUAUGGAUUGUGUCGGCUGUGAGAAGUGCAAAGUUUGGGGAAAGUUGCAAACUCAAGGCCUGGGAACGGCAUUAAAGAUUCUAUUCUCCGGUUCAUUUGACAAAGCCAACCCAACAGCGUUCGACCUCAAAUCAAUGAAGCGGUCCAGAUUUCAGUUAACCAGAAACGAAGUAGUCGCACUUUUUAAUGCCUUUGGAAGGCUGUCGAAUAGUAUAUACAGUUUAGAGUUGUUUCAACAGGCUGCCCUUAAUUGAAAAAAGAAAGAACAUUAUCCGUUCUGCCUUCCAUCGAUGUCUUUGAGGAUAUUUUGAUUGUUUUACGGCGCACGGAGUUGACAUCGUCAUGGAUCUCUUUACAGAAAAUAUUCUUUGAUUGUCCCCAAAUUUCCGUUUAUUUUCCUGUACGUGACAGAUAUUUAUUAACUCUUUAUUCAACACAGAGAUUGGUAUGCAUGUAAAUGUAUAUUUUUCAUUGUACUUCAUGGCUGGGAACCAAACGUCUCGUGACUGUUGGUUAGGUAUAAGCGGUUAGCAACUGGUUGUGAUUGCAACUUAAUUCUUGGAAUCUUUGGUUAGAUGGUUUAUGACAUUUUGAGAUUUCAUUUUGGAAAACUUAUUACUAAUGCCUUUUUAUUCAUAACUUGUAAACUACAUAGUACAGGACGGUUCCUAUUUGGUCUUAAUAGAGACAUUCAUGUUAAGCAAA